AUGAGGAAUAUUACGCACAAAAUUGUUAAUGCAAAAGGUGGAACUGGUUUUAAUUUAGGUAUGUCAUUAGAUACUUGGCAAGGAACAAUCGAAAAAAAUCCAGUUGUUGUUCGUCGAAUGAUUGAAAAUAUGACUUAUUUUGUUCGAUCGGAUCAAUUACCAGAAUUGAGUCAAUUAGAAUUAUGGCGUGUUCGACGUCAGUUGAAUGAUGCAGUUAAUACCUACGUCGAAAUGAAUGUUGUUAGUGGAUGUAUGACACGCGAAUCACGAUCAUUCAAUUGGAUUGCAAAUGUUGCAGACGAUUCGUGUCUGUCAGCCAAAACGAAUGCGAAAUUUGGUGGCUUUAUUCGAACAUGUGUUGAAGAUGAUUAUUAUCGACCCCAAUGUGGAUACUAUACAGUAAAGAACUUUUACACAAAAACUCAAACGUGUCCCAUCGGCUUUUCCCUUUACACAUUGCAUAAUAUAACAGUUUCAAUUCAAAUUUAUCGACAAAAAUGUCAAUCGUGUGGAUUUCUUUGGCUUGAUAACUGUUGUAAAGAUGUAUUCGAUCGAAUGGGUAAACGUACAAUUGUAUUAUAUACUUGUAUUGAUCCAAGUAGCGAUGAAACCUCAUUAUUGAAAGAUGAAAUGUAUGCGUAUGGUGGCUCAUAUACAACACAAAAAGUAAAUCCGGUAACAAACGAUAAAACAUGUCUGAAAGAUUUUUCAGUUGUCAGAGUUACUGAUGAUAUUAAAGUUUGCUUGAUCGACCGAGCAAUCAGUACCAAAGAUUUACCGUACUUUGGCGGUAUGUUUUCAUGUUCAUAUGGAAAUAUUGAAACUCAAAAUGACACAAGCUGUCCGGUUGGUUAUAGUUCGUAUGUAAUGGGUACCAUUUACGAUGAUUGUCUUUUGUAUGUUUGUCUAAAAUUUGAAGAUUAUUACAGUUAUAAUUUUACAUUAUUACCGUCAAUUGUGUUGCCACCUUUUAUUCCUUAUGACAGCUUGAACAGAACAGAUAUGAAUGACACCACUGGUGGUGAUGAUAACGGCAAUAAUUAUCCAACAACAACGCCGAAAAUCUUACCUAUCGAUCGAUGUAAAAAUUUUCUUAAAAUUCAUUCGGCUAUAUCUGAUAUUGAAAAUGGUAUUAUGUUAGAAGAAAAUUUGCCACUAGAUGCAGGAACAUUAUUUGAAGAAUUUGAUAAAACAGUCUCACAAUCAGAUAAUGAUAAUGAUGACUUAUUGUACAAUCAUAAUAAAUCUGAUAAUGAAGAAGAUAAUGAUAAUAAUAAUUCAGUAAUAAAUUAUCCAGUUGAUGAUAUAAUACAAAAUUCACACCAAAAUGCAUUUGUUGAUGCUGAAGAGAACAUGAAUAACAAUGAUGACCCGAUUACAUGGUUAAAUUCGAUAACAGACUCAUCCGAUAAGGACAGAGUCAUUCAAUAUGACGCAGAUUCGAGCAGUUUUGAGCCAUCCGCUAGUGCAAGCUCAAGUGCUAUCCGUGAUCUUAGUGCUUGUAGUCCAGUGUAUGAGCGUCAUAAGAAAAUUCGAGAAGAAGGUGAAAAGUCUUAUCUUUCUAAUGCUCAGUCACAAUUACUGAAAUAUAUUACAAAUUCAGCUAAACGUCAAAGGACAUGCGUUAUUGGCGAUAUAAUUGGCUUAAAGAUUUCUGAUGUUGAUAGAACAAACAGUUCCUCCACAGUAUUGCCGUGUAAAGUAGUACGAUGUAAUACUGAAAACGGUAAAACAUUGUAUACUGUAGCAACACAAACUGGUAUUAUCAUAGAAACUUUUGAAUCAGCUACUUUUCUUGAUCUUACAACGGCGAAUUUUGCUAUACUACGCGCCCUAAAUACUGAUUUAUUGCCACUGAUAACCUUUAUACAAGCUUGUCAAAUUUAUACCAAUUUUAAAUCGGCAGAUACAUGUAAAUGUGCUGGUGCCUGUAAUACAAAACGGUGUCCAUGCAAAAAAAAUAAUCAUAAAUGUUGUACAAAAUGUCAUGAAGGAAAAGCAACAAAAUGUGAAAACUGCUAA